AUGAGCUUUACCGCCGCUGCAAGCAGCAUCGUGGACUACGGCAGCGUCCAGGUCGAGCGGAAGGACACCGACAAUGGCGUCAUCGUGGCACCGGCCGACGAAGUCGAUUACACUGCAACAGACGACGAAGACCCAGCCGAGUACCAGGACAUGAACAUGGUCGAUCUGAUCUCCUACGGCAAAACCGAGAUUAUCAAGCACCGACUCAAGAACGGUAUGUACACUGAGGAGGACCUCGUAGCCACGACACAGCGCGGGGAUUCGUUGCUCACAGUCGCGGCCAGCUACGGCAAUAACGAGAUCGUCGAGCUUGUACUCCAGCGCACCAACUACCGUCUUAUCCAAGACUAUGCGUCUGGCCCGCUCUGGGACGCAGUUGCAUCCAACCACAAGCGUGUGGUUCAGACGCUCCUCACCACCAUCGGCCAUGAAAUGGACCUCCCGAGCCUCCGCAACGGCUCCGCGGACGGCUUUAUUACCCAUAGAGCCACGUACAUGUGGGGCUGCAACGAGAUUCUCGAGGUGCUCUUGGAAGCUGGUGCGCCCGUUGACGCUGUGACCGGGAACGGAGAAACAGCGCUUCACCUGGCGGCGUCCUCAGGCAACGUACGUGGCGUCGAGAUUCUCCUCAAAGCCAAAGCCAACGUUAACGCCGUGGACGACUGGGGCAGGACACCGCUGCGUCGCGCCGUAGGCGUUUGGGAUAACGACGAUGACAUCAUGGCCGUGAUGGAACUGCUUUUCAUCGCUGGCGCUAUUGUGCACAUCCCAGACAACAACAACUAUGCGGUCGCCGAGGUGCGUCGCGCACGUCUUGUGGCCGAAGCGACGUUCCGCGAGGCCUUUCCCGUGCACUGCAUCGCUCGCAAUGGCGACGUCGCCAAGUUUCGGAGCUUGUUGCCAGAGUGCGAUGCGGAUGUGAUGCGCGCGCCACAGCGCUGGGAAGGCCAGUACUGCCUCGACGGCGAGUGGCGACCCGUUGUCUGGACUGUCGACGUCGUACCCGUGCCCCACGAGGCGUGCUACCGCUUCGUCGGCAGUGGCGCAGACGACAUUAGUCCGUUCACGGUCAGCGGCAAAUGGUCGGGUGAGUGGAUGGAAGCGGACGCGGCGUACGUCGAAGGGAACGUGCAUACUCAUGUCGAGUACCGUGGCAAGGUGGACGUGAGUACGAGCGUCUGGAUCGGCGAUUGGAACACUUUUCGUGACAACGGUAUCUUCGCGAUGCAGUUGCCACUCCAGCGCUGCCCGACGUGCAACGAGAACACGGUGCUUCAUAGCGACAAGCAGUGCUUGUGCUGCCUCCCAGACGGCUACAACGCCGACGCUUCGGAAGACACGAUCGAGGAGCAGCGCCGCCGACUGGAAGGGAUUCAUCAAACCCUUUCGAGGGACAUCAUCGAACAAGACGAGGACGUGCUCCAAGCCAAGAUCGACCUCAAGCAGCAGUACCCGCUUUACUACCUCGCGCGUGUCGAGGACUGCGCGCAGGCAGCUGCUUAUGUCCAGGCGCAGCAGUCGCCUAUCCAUGUCGCCAUCACGACGCAACUGCCCAUUUCGGUGCUCUCCGAGUUGAUCUACGAGAGCCCCCAAGAGGUCAACGCCCAAGACAAGCUCGGCAACACGCCGCUGAUGGUCGCGUCCAAGUUGGGUCUUCUCGACCACGUCCACAUGCUGUUGGACAACGAAGCCGACGUCGACAUGACCAAUCACCACGGCCAAAGCGCGCUCAUGAUGGCAGCGAUGGGCGGCCACGUCGCCAUCGUCGACAGCCUCCUCGAGCACUUGGCCGACGUCGCCCUCCGCGACACCAACGACAAGACGGUGCUCGACAUGCUCCAGUCGCACAUCACGACACAUCUCGCGGGCCGUUCGUGCCACGAGCGCACCAAGAGCCCGUUUGUGCAGAUCCAGAACGCGAUCGAGAAGGAGAUCCGCGACAGCAAGACGUCCACCGAGUACCGCGCCAAGCUCGCGGCGUCGCUCGCCGACUUGACGGCCAAGACGGCGUUCGACCGCAACGGCUUUGCCAAGGCCAUCAACUGCGCGCCCGAGCUCGGUGUGACCUUUCUCAACGACUGCGUCAGCAUGGACCGCCACGACGUUCAUUUCACCAACCUCGACUACGUGUACGGCAAGCACGUCUCGGCCAGUGCGCUCCAUGCGCUUCUCCACAUGGAGACGGACGAUCCAGAUCUUAUCUUUGAAGCCAAGACCAAGUGUUUCGAGCAUGUGACGAUCCGGCGCAUACUCGAGAUCAAGUGGGAGCUCUUUGGCCAGCGCAAGUUUCUCGAAAUGCUCUUCAUGUACCUCGUCUUGCUCGUGAGCAUGACCAUCUCGGCGGUGCUCUUCCACGACGACGACACGCGGCUUGACGCGGCGAGCGUCGAGGUGCUUCUCGGUGUUCUUGUCGUCUCGCUGGCCAUUGUUGGCUGCAUUGCGGUGCAGGCGCUGCGCCCGCAGACGCUAUGGCGGCUUGCUCGGUACCGCUACGACGGCAGCCUCGCAUUUGAUCCGGAGCUCGACAUCCCGGACCUCUGGCGUCACAAGGCAUCGGCCAAGCGCUGGCUGAAGCUCGGUGUCUUGAUCGGGACGCUGCUCCUUGCUGGUCUUCUCGUCGGUCUCCUGGUGGUGACGUCGUCCAUCUCGUUCUUUCCGGUCUUCAACAACCUGGUUCUGGCGGUCGCGGUCGUCUACUUUGUCGUGAACGAGUGCCAAGAGGCCCGUGGCGACCUCUCGGCCUACCUCGCGUCGACCAUCAACGUCGUCCAAGUGAGCAUGUACAUGCUGAUUCUGGUGGUCUUUUUGCCCAUGCAGCUCAACUGGCUCGACACGCCGGACCAGGUCGAGAUUGCAGUCGGGAGUGGCAUCACGCUCACGCUCUGGAUUCUGAGUCUCCAGUUUCUCGAAGUCGAGCGGAAUGCGAGCUACCUUUUGCCGAUGCUUACGGGACUGCUCAAGGACCUCUGGAACUUUUUCCUCUUCUUUGGCGUCUUCCAGAUCGGUAUCACGGUCACCUUCUUCCAGCUCUACAAGACGACGGACAGCGACGACUUCAACUCGCUCAGCGGCUCGUUCUUGACGUCGUACUUUGUCGCGUUUGGCCAAGUGCCUAUGGGUGCGAUGGGUGCAUUUACCGAUGAAAAGACCAAGUCGAUCGAUGGCUACGACUGGGUUCUGUACAUCUUUGCCGUCGGGAUGAUCAUGGCGCACUCGGCGGUCGUCGUCCUCUUCCUCCUCAACUUGCUCGUCGCCAACAUGAACAAGACGGUGGACGGCGGUCUCGAAAAGGCCAAAACAGAGGCGCUCGCAGCGUACGCGCAGUGCAUUCUGCGCCUCGAGGAGGCCAUGCACUGUUCGCCAAAAGAGACGCAAGACCUCAUCUACUUUAUCCCGCCGACGCCAUCAUGCGAUGGGAAGCUCAACCCGAUCUUUACCGCGUCCAUGCCCAAGUCACACUACGGCAUCACGGCCGAAAUUGAAGCUGCGAUCGCUACGCACGUAGCGCAGCAGACGUCGUGGGUGACGAUGGCCAAGACGAUCCAAGACCAGGUGACGGCGGCGUUGACAACGUUUGAGGACGGUCUCCUCGACGUGGCACACUUCAUCGACGUGGACAUUUCCGUUGUCUUUGCCAAGGAGCUGGCAGCGGUUGCCGUCACUCGGUCGUCGCUGGACAAGGUGUUUGUCUCGAUGCGCAAGAGCCGUGGGCAGCAAGACCAGAGAAAGCUGCUCGGUCGCUUCCAAAAGACGGUGGCGCGCGACCUAAUGACACUUGGUCGCACGCUGCACCAGAUCGGCGCCGUGGCCAGCGACGACGACCACGCGCGCUGCGUCAUUGUGUACAAGCUUGCGCGUCAGUCGUCAAUGGCGAGCGAUAUCGAGGCGCUCCAGGCGCAUGCGAGCUCUGCCUUUGACGAGGCCAUGGGGGCCAUUGGCGAUGUGGUUUGUGACGCCGAUGGCAAGGACUCGUCGAGUGCGGUCCUCGCCGAGAUGCAGGCGCUGAUGGAGGCGCAGAACGCGUCAGCGGCGGCCGUGAUCGCAGCCAUGGAAGAGAAGAACGCGGCAGCAAUGGCUACGAUGGCAGCCAUGGAAGGUCAAAUCGAAGCGCUACUCCACACUGUCGAGACGCUCGUGGUUGUAUCUGCUGUUGCGUAA